UAGUAAUGAUCAAACGUAAUGUCACAUCAACGCAAAAUGUCUCACGCGGACUGACGUUUCUAUAAGAAAAAAAGGGAUUUUAUCUGAGGACGACUUUAAAGAUAAAAAUGACAGAAGCAAAGCGGAAUGAAGAAUCCGAAGAAUGGCCGGCAGCAUUUUCUGCAAGAUGGGACAGAUUUGAGGAAGUGUCCGAAGAGAGAAUAUUGUCCGAAGACCAUGUAUUCUGGGAUAAAGCUUACUGGGUGACCAAAGUCAUUUUUUCUGGACUGCUCUUCGUGCUUGUACUUUGCUCAGCUGUAGUUUCCAAAGGCGUUUUACUUGUACUGACAUGGAACAUAUUUACGCCUGCUGAAGUUAACGCAACGCGAUCUGGACUAAAGACGCUAGAUGGCCAUUUUCACUACAACAUUACGGUUUCAACAGGAAACCGUAACAUUACGCUUGAUGACGGAGAUACAGUAACAGAUAUCAAUUUCAUUUGGGCUUUAUUUCUGAUGGUUGUUGCACCGAAUAUCUUCACAAUUAUUUUCUACACCUGGAGGUUAAUAUUCAGGAAAACAGGAAAACUAAAAUGGUUUCCACUCUCAGUGGCUCUGAUAUCUGCAACGCUUCACUCGAUUGGGCUCAGUUUCUUUGCAUUUUACCUACUUCCAUCGAUGGAUCCCAUAUCUGGUCUUUGGUACUCUUCUAGUAUAACAUUAGUUCCUUCAGUCGUACAACUUGCUUUCACAGGAAAGGCAAUAGCUCUAAGACACAAUGACACCAAUAAAAUUGAAGAUAGUUAUGAGGAUAUUAGCAGUGAAACUCAAGUUUUACCCGAAAACGACAAUUCCAACGGCACAGCCACACCCAGAAGGACGGGUAUUUCAUUCAAGACAGCAUGGCCUUUGCUAGCAAGCAUUCUGGCUUGUGUGUUCAGUGCAACUUCACUGUGUUUAUGGGGCGUGUAUGUAGCAUCUGCGUCACAACCGGCGGUAUCAGCGGGGCGAGCAAUGUUGUUCAUAUUGUCACCAAUACUUGUGUCUUUUGGUUGGUGGGAAAUCUUUGUACCUAGUCAGAAGACGUUAGUUGUCGAUAAGGACGGGAUCAAAGUGAAAAAUGAAUCUUCAGAGAAUGGAGAAAACGAAAACAACAAUACACCGAAAGAAAGUGAGGGCAAUCUUAAAUCGAAUGACCAAAAGAAGUAUGGCAAUACGUUUUGGAGCCGCAUAUAUGAUUUGAAAUAUCAAACAUAUAAAGGAAGAUUCAAAAUUUAUACAAUUGUUAACGUAUGGAAAGUAAUUUUAACUUUCGUUUUGGUGAUAGUAAUAUAUAGUUUGUCAUGCAAUGACUCUUCAAACUGUAUUGACGCACUAUUUGGAAAACGUCAGCAACCCGCGAAGCAAGGCUCUGAUUUCUUUGGUAGCACAUUUCUGCUAAAUGGGGGUAUGUGUCAAUUUGCGACGCCAUUUAUCGUUGCCGUUAUUGGUAUUUCGACAAGUUUCUUUUGUCAUAGGUUAAGCGUGGCUGCUAUAAAGAUUGUUGCUCAAAUUCAAGGCUUUUCUUUCCCGGUAUGUUUGGCAACACCAGUAACAUUUGGAGUGGUUGUGAUCCUAUCAACACAGUUACACAAUGCGGACCACAUAUGCAAGAUUCCAUUUCCGUGGUUGAAAGAUGGAGAUACAUUUUCAAACAUUACAUAUAUGAUACUGGCUUCAGUAACAGGAUACCUGUCUCUUCUGUUUCUAACAGCUCAUAUAUGGACAAACAGGACAGAAAGGAUGAGCAAAGAAAACAUGAUGUUUUACAAGCCUUUAUACUGUGGAACAUUCUUUGACCAUUCAUUAAUUCUGAACAGAUGCAAGGAUGGCAUUAAAACAGGGUGGCCAGUGACUACAUCAAAACAGACAGCAGGGGAUCUUACAGAACGGAGUGCAGAUACGAAUUCACCAAUGGGUCCAGAAGCCAAAGGAACGGAUAAAAGUAGUGAUACCAUUCCACUCUUAUACUUGUGUGCUACUAUGUGGCAUGAAACUGAAACUGAGAUGACACAGUUGUUAAAGUCUCUGUUCAGAAUGGACAUUGAUCAAUGUGCACGAAGUAUUUAUGCGGAAGGGAUUCAUCACCGUGACUACUACAAUUUUGAAACUCACAUUUUCUUUGAUGACGCAUUCGAGGAAGGGAGUAAUAUUGCUAAUCAAUAUGUGGAAACGUUUAUAAGAGUAAUGGCCCAAACUGCAAGUUCUACGUAUCCGAAGCAUAUUCCCCUGCGAUCCCCUCGAAGGAGAAUAACACCUUACGGAGGGCGGCUUACAUGGUUCUUGCCUGGAGGAAAUAAACUUGUAGCUCAUUUGAAAGAUAAAUUCAAAAUAAGAAGAAAGAAACGAUGGAGCCAGGUGAUGUACAUGUACUACUUUUUAUCACACAAGCUUGACGUAGAAGAGACAGAUUUUGACAAACAGAAGGAGAGAGCUAAGAACAUUUUUAUUCUAGCUUUAGAUGGUGAUGUAGACUUUAGGCCAUCAGCCGUGAAGCUGCUUGUUGAUAAGAUGAAGCGAAAUGAUCAGAUCGGAGCUGCUUGUGGUAGAAUACAUCCUAUAGGAGAUGGUCCAAUGGUUUGGUACCAGAAGUUUGAGUACGCUGUUAGUCACUGGCUGGUGAAGGCAACAGAACACAUUACUGGUUGCGUGCUGUGCAGUCCAGGCUGCUUCAGUCUGUUUCGAGGUUCAGCUCUAAUGGACUGUAAUGUUAUGAGACGGUACACUACUCUACCUACACAAGCACGGCAUCAUAUACAGUAUGAUCAAGGUGAAGAUAGAUGGUUGUGUACAUUGUUACUGAAACAAGGCUAUAAAGUUGAUUACUGUGCCGCGUCCGAUGCUUACACAUUUGCACCAGAAGGUUUCAAAGAAUUUUACAAUCAGAGACGCCGCUGGACACCAUCGACCAUGGCAAAUAUUUUGGAUCUCCUAUCUGACUGGAAAGUGAUAACAGACCGCAACGAUAACGUGUCCAUGCCAUACAUUGCUCUGCAGAUGUCCUGGUUUAUUUCGUCUGUUAUAACACCCGGUGUCUUACUGUUGAUGAUUGUCGGGGCCACAAACCUUGCCUACCCAGAACUGUCUCUUCAUGCAGCAUUGUUGAUUAACCUAGCACCGGUUGUUCUGUUUGUGAUUAUUUGCUUCUGUGCAAAGACAGAAUAUCAGCUAAAUCUAGCGGCUGCCCUUUCCAUAGUGUACUCACUUGUGAUGAUGAUAGUCCUCGUUGGUUUAAUACGAGAGUCUGUUGAAGAUGGCUUUUGUUCAGUUAUUACACUGUUCCUAUUGUUUGUGUCUGGUGUAUUUGUGACUGCUGGAUUGACACACCCAAAGGAGAUCGGUUGUCUAAUUCAUGGAUUCUUGUUCUUUAUCGCAAUACCUUCCAUGUCGAUGCUUCUGAUGAUUUAUUCUAUUACCAACCUAAACAAUGUCUCCUGGGGAACGAGGGAAGCCCCAAAACCAGGAACCAGCAAUGCAAAAAACAGUAACAAGAAUGUUGUACAGAGUUUCUUGGAUAAAUUCUGCGGUUGUUGCCAAGCUACUUCGGCUUACAGACAGGACGAAGUCAAUAAUAAAUUGGAAGAGGUCAUGUCCAAAUUUAAUGAAAUGGAAUCUGGUCGGCAGCAGACAGAUGGCACUCAGCCAGCACAAAGCAAGGAAGAAAAGGAAGAAAGUUCUGAUCGGGAUGCAGAACCGACCCCUCUUCCAAAGAAAGACAAGUAUUCAAAAUUCUUAAAUUUCAACUACGAAACGUCAACGAAGCUAAAAUAUCUGAGAAUAGAGGAAGAGCUAUUUUGGAAAUGGUUGAUAAAGACUUAUCUCUCUCCUGGUGGAAAGUCAGGUGACGGCCGCCAAACCGAAGAAGAGAAAAUGAAAGAGAAACUGAAAGAAGAAAAUAUGAUUAAGCAGGAACUGAAAGAAUUAAGAAACAAAGCGAGUGUGGCUUAUCUGCUGAUAAACGCACUUUUUAUCACAAUAAUAUUUUUUCUUCAACAAUCAAAUUUGGAUACAAAUGGGGAUUUGUCAGUGAAAAUUGAAUGUGGCGGUGGAGAUUUUCUUGAAGUAGAGCCAAUAAGCAUGGCAUUUACCGUUGUAUUUGGACUCCUGCUGGUGAUUCAGUUUCUGUGCAUGAUUGUCCAUAGACUUAAAACGUUUUUGCAAAUCAAUUCAAUUACCCGGAUCAAACAAGACUUUGACGUCGACCAACUUUUCAUGGAUGUGGUCAAUGAAAUACUUGAAAAGAAGCGUGAAGAAGCAGCGAAAGAACCAGAAACACUAAAAGAACCGGAAGCAAAGGGAAAACAAAGACUUAAACAAUUUAUUAGAAAUAAUGUUAUAAAGCAACUCCAUGUUAUAGAUGAAGUGCUGCUUGACAAAAAUAAAGAAGUUGAUAAGGAUGACAUAGGUUCUUCUUCAGAUGUAAAAACGUCACGUAGGUCACUUAACAAAGAAGAGAGAAAACCAACGGGAAGGUUUAAGACAGUGGCAGCAGCACUCGGCCGCAUGAGUAGCUAUAAGAAGCUGAAACUACACGAUAAUAAUAGUUUCAGGCAAAUGUUCCAGACCCUUACACCAUCAGCCCAAAACAGUGUUGUUGAGACUAGAGUAGAAUCAAUCAGACAUAACGGCACACCUAAUCUGAAUGAGACAAAUGACGAUUUAGAUACAGGUGAAGCAGCAACCAAUCAGGAUGACAAACCAGAACUGAGCGAAACACAAGACGACAAGAAAACUGACAGUACGUCUACAGUUUCAGAAGAGAAAAGGAAAGCACCGAUAGAUGCUUGGUAGGUGGUGAAAGACACCGGGUGUUCGAAUGACACACAUAUACCGGAAGUGAAUACAUAAAACUGUUAUCAAUAAUUCUUUUCGAUAAAAGGUUUACCAGAGAAUUAUUUUGACUAAGCUAAAAAUAUUAUUUCAUACAUAAUGUAGAUAUGUUAUGUUCUGCAAGUGAAUCUAGCAACUCGAAAAAUAAUUUACUGACAUCCAACAUGAAUUUUGGUAAUUGAUAUUUACAUUGACCUGGAAUUGCCAAUACGCGUGUCAACUGUUUCAGAUUUGACCAAAGAAAUAGUAAUUAAUAAGAAAUGGAAUCAGUAAGUGACAUCUGAUACAAAUUACUCCUGAUACGAAGUAACGCGGCGCAUUUUAAAUUAAACAGAAGAUCGGCAAAUAAUAGAGGCCGGGUACAAAUUUUAAACUAGCUAUGAUAUACAUAAGUAUAGUGUUUCAAUUGUCUAGUCGAACAAUUUAAAGCUUAAUGUACGCUGAAAAUGAUGCAUAGUAAAACAAAAGACUUAAAGCAGGCCCUUAAUGUUUCUAAAGAGUGGAAAGAAAAUACCUAAAACAUUGUUAUUCUGUAAAACAUAACAGAUGCUGACUGCGUACGAAAGCUAUUACAUGUAAAAGUUAAAAAUUGUCAUACAAUAAAGUCAUUCUUAACUAAGGUCUAGUAACAAAUUUGAUUAGAGGCAAACUAGUUGUAUUACGUAUGCUUUGAAAUAAAGAACACUUUUAAGUAACACAUGUUUUUCUUUCUCACGAGAUGACGGACAGUUGAAACAGGUUCUAAUUUCUAUAUUUAAAUUCUCACAGCCCCACAAAGAUUAUAGAAUGGCAAAUUACUAAAUUAAAUAAUCAAAUAUUUUUCAGCAAUAAGGUCAGUCUUAAAAAUUCUAUAUGCUCGCCCUGACUCCUAGCCGCAGAUUCUCUUUGUUUCAGUACUUUCCUUUCGAUUUCUUUCUCAAACAGAAUCAACCGCCUUUACAAAAGGUCACGUAUUUACAUGUUUUAACUUAAUGACAUGUUGUAGCUUUAUACUUGAAAGCAUAUUCUGGUUCUACAUCUUAUUGAGGAAGACACUUUAGCCCUGUCAAAACUUUUCUGUUUAUCCUACUACAAAUACAUUAUGACAAAAACAAAAAGAACUUCUUUAUUCUGUCAUAUCUUGGGAAUUAAAUUACAUUAUGCGAAUUAUUUGACCAUAUAUCAUGAUAUAUCAAUGAAAAGUCAGUAUGUAACAUAUGAUAUAUGUAUCCUUUAAAUGAUAGAUGCUCGUUUAAUAAAAUACUUAUUUUAUCUGAUUAUUUGUGACUUGUUAAAAAUGAGUAGAGGUGGUACAUGUAAAAUGAAUGUAAUGAUGCCUUUGUACAAUCUGACUUUGUUGUUAUAAUAUUAUAUGAUAAUUAGUAAUAACAUGUUUGUCUAAGUGUAAAAGAAAUUUGACAGAUGAAAUUGUACAAAGAUUCGCCUGUACAAGUUAGGGGCGUUACACUUUAUUGAAACAUGCAGUUAAAAGUGGAUGUUUUCAUUCCAAAACCUCAGCAUAAUGGUUAUCUUUCUAAUUAAUCUAUUCAAAUAUAUCAAACAUUAUAAACUUUUAUAUAUUAUGUAUAUGAUAUGAUGUCUUAUAUUUAAAUUAAUUGUUUUAUUGUUAAUAGCACUACUAUUUCUACAGCAAUGAACGAAACAUAAUAAACUUUUUUUUUGUGUU